AGGUCCUGCCGGAUACCCAGUCCCCGGCCCUCUGCCUCCCCAUCCCUCGGAGACUGAGGGUCCCAGCAGGCCAUGCAGCUGUGCCAAGGUGCCUCCAGCAUGGCAGCGGCCGAAGUGCCCGGCUACCUCGUGUCCCCUCAGACAGAGAAGCACCGGCGCGCCCGCAACUGGACGGACGCGGAGAUGCGUGGCCUCAUGCUCGUCUGGGAGGAGUUCUUCGACGAGCUGAAGCAGACCAAGCGCAACGCCAAGGUGUACGAGAAGAUGGCCAGCAAGCUGCUGGAGAUGACCGGGGAGCGCCGGCUGGGCGAGGAGAUCAAGAUCAAGAUCACCAACAUGACCUUCCAGUACAGGAAAUUAAAAUGCAUGACAGAUAGCGAGUCCGUCCCGCCCGACUGGCCCUAUUACCUAGCCAUUGAUAGGAUUCUGGCCAAGGUCCCCGAGUCCUGUGAUGGCAAACUGCCGGACGGCCAGCAGCCGGGGCCCUCCACGUCCCAGACCGAGGCGUCCCUGUCGCCGUCUGCUAAGUCCACCCCUCUGUACUUACCGUAUAACCAGUGCUCCUACGAAGGCCGCUUCCAGGACGAUGGCUCCGACAGCUCCUCCAGCUUACUGUCCCUUAAGUUCAGGUCGGACGAGCGGCCCGUGAAGAAGCGCAAGGUGCAGAGCUGCCACUUCCAGAAGAAGAAGCUGCGGCUGCUGGAGGCCAUGCUGGAGGAGCAGCGCAAGCUGAGCCGUGCCAUGGAGGAGACGUGCCGGGAGGUGCGCCGCGUGCUGGACCAGCAGAACCUCCUGCAGGUGCAGAGCCUGCAGCUGCAGGAGCGCAUGAUGAGCCUGCUGGAGAAGAUGAUCGCCAAGUCCAACGUGUAGGCUGCCGGGCGGGUAGGCGGGCGGGCAGCCAGGGCCAGGCAAGCCGGCCACACGACACGGGCCAGCCGGGCCAGGCCGGGUCCCAGAGGAGGCAGACGGCCUCCUGCUGGCCCCUGGGGCUGCUCCCGGUUCG